AUGGGUGUGAGCAUUACUCGGAAAGACUCAUCAGAAAAUCAUCAAGUGCCAUUGUACCCCAAGCACACGCCCCCGCCGCCGCCAGACUCGUCAGCCGCGUACGAGGCCGCUCACCGGCGGGCAAGUCCACCGGUCCCGCCUCCUGCGUUCACUUCCUCGGCAGCGGCGCUGGUUGCUGCGCGCGCGCCGAGCGUCGCAGGUGACACCAAUCGAUCGCGGUGCGCCUCUUCAGCGGACGCACGCACAUCCCGCGUCGAGCUCGGCUGGAAUCGGCCAGAAAUGCCAGCCGCCCGCCUGUCCUCCAUCUCCACCUCCUCCUUCAGGGCUCCUUCACGAGCCCCCCUCGCCGCCUUGGCUGCCGCCACGGAGCGUGUCCGCGCGGGAACGCUGAGCCAGGAGGACGCGCACCACCUGUUCGACCAAUUGCUUGGCCAAGCCGCCGCCGUCCCGGAACGCGGGCUCAACAACUUUCUUGCCGCACUCGCCCGUGCUCCACCCUCAGCUGCCUGCCGCGAUGGCCCCGGCCUUGCCAUCGCCCUCUUCAACCGCAUGUCCCGAGGCGCUGGUGCACGGGUGGCGUCGCCCACGCUCUGUACCUAUUCCAUCCUCAUGGACUGCUGCUGCCGCGUAGGCCGCCCGGACUUGGUGCUUGCCUUCUUCGGUCGCCUCCUCAGGUUGGGGCUGCGCUUGGAUAUCAUCUCCUCCAGCAAUCUCCUCAAGGGGCUCUGCCAGGCCAAGCGUUCAAAUGAGGCUUUGGACAUGCUGCUCCACCGGAUGCCCGAACUGGACUGUGUGCCUGAUGUCUUCUCGUACAGCAUAGUAAUCAACGGCUGUUUUAAACAAGGUGAAGUAGACAAAGCGUGCAAUCUCUUCCAUCAGAUGCCCCAACUGGGAGUUCAACCUAAUGUGGUGAUCUACAACUCAGUUAUCGACGCACUAAGCAAAUCCGGAGCAAUGGACAAGGCAGAAGUGGUCCUUCGGCAAAUGGUUGAUCAAGGAAUUGAACCCAAUAUCAAGACAUAUAACUGUCUGAUCCAUGGAUAUUCUACUUUUGGUCAGUGGAAGGAGGCACUUAGGGUAUUCAAAGAAAUGGCAAGUCUUGGUGUUGUACCAGACGUUGUCACGUUGACCUCAUUAAUCGAUUCCCUUUGCAAGCACAGAAGGACAAAGGAAGCUAGAGAAAUUUUUGACUCUAUGGCUGCAAAGGGCCUGAAACCUAAUAUCGUCUCCUACUCUACUAUGCUUAAUGGGUAUGUCAAAGAAGGAUCCUUCGAGGAUAUGACUGAUCUCUUCAAUUCGAUGGUACGGAAUGGUGUUGUACCAAACCACCAUAUUUUCAACAUACUGAUCAAUGCAUAUGCUAAACGUGGACUGAUGGAUGAGGCUAUGCACAUGUUCGAAGUAAUGAGGCAACAAGGAGUAAACCCAGAUGUAGUUGACUAUCUAGUAAUAAUGGAUUCACUUUGUAAAAUGGGUAGGAUGGAUGCUGCUGUGGACAAAUUUAAUCAGAUGGUCAAUCAAGGAGUUUCACCUAACAAAGCUGUUUACCAAUGCCUGGUUCUGGGUUCUUGCUCUCAUGGUCAUUUUGUGAAAGCCAAGGAUUUGAUCUCUGAAGCAAUUAAUAGAGGUCUGUUUUCUAACAGUGUGUUCUUCUAUCCUGUAAUAAACGACCUAUGCAAAGAAGGAAAGGUAAACGAGGCACAGGAUAUGUUUGACUUCAUUCUAGGUAUUGGUCGGCGGCCUGAUGUGAUUAUGUACAAUUCACUGAUGGAUGGAUAUUGCCUUGUUGGCAAGGUGGAGGAAGCACUAAGAGUACUUGAUGCUAUGAAGUCUGCUGGCCUCCAACCUACUGCUGUUACGUAUGCUAUACUUCUUAAUGGCUACUGUAAAAUUGGCAGGAUCGCCGAUGGAUUGAGUCUUUUCAGGGAAAUGUCACUCAGCGGGGUUAAACCCACGACUUUUAUCAACAACAACAACAACAACAAAGCCUUUAGUCCCAAACAAGUUGGGGUAGGCUAGAGGUGAAACCCAUAAGAUCUCGCAACCAACUCAUGGCUCUGGCACAUGGAUAGCAAGCUUCCACG